AUGGUUAUUUCGUGUUCCUCAUAUGGGUGCACAAAUAGACGGCAAAAAGGAAGCGGCAUACAAUUUCAUCACUUUCCUCUAAAAAGGUCAUCCGUUUUGGCAAAUUGGAUAAAUGAAAUGAAACGCAAAAACUUCAAACCUACCAAGUAUAGCUAUUUAUGCAGCGAACACUUCACAAAUGAUGAUUAUCAAAUUCGACCAGGAUCAAAUGUGAGAUGGUUAAAAGAUGAUGCUGUUCCAUCUAUAUUUAAAGAGUUUCCAAAACAUUUACAAAAGAAAAAAGUUGUUCGCCAAUUGCUAUAA